CUGGCUGGUUAUAAAAGGGAUAAAGCUGCACGUCGCCUCUAAAGAGCGGCGGCAAUGAUCACAAUCGGUUUGUCUUUCAGCGAACAAAGCCGCGCUGUCGGGCGGCGAGCCCGGAGCUGGGAGCGGCUCCAGCCCAGGUGCUGCCGCAGCGUCCGGGCAGCGGGGACAGCGCGGGACUGAGCCGGCAGCGCCUUCCUGAGCCUCGGUGUCCCGCAGGACCGGGACCAGCUGGGACCUGUCAUCAUGUCCCUUCCAAUGGGCCAUCUCCGUGGGCGUGAAGCUGUGUCCGAGGCCGGUCUCCCAAAGGCUUCACCAACACUCCUCAUGUGUCGGGACCAAAUGGCUGAUUGUUCCAAACAGAGAGAUGCCGGCUGUGACCUUGAGAAGAGUGAAUUAUGCUCUAUUCAUAAACUUGAGAAUAAGCUUCGAUAUCUACAGGAGAAGGGACCAGCAGCCAAGCAGACACACUUUCCGGAGGCACAAGAAACCACCCGUGAGCGUGCAGUGAGUGAAGAUGCGGACAAUGGAAUCUGCAGCAGUGAAGGCAGUUUGAGGGAGCCCCUGGGUCCCCAGGGCACAUCAGCACCCGGCCAUGGACACAGAAGCAUCCUCAGAAGAUUGCCGGGCAAGGGGUUCAGCUGCCAUCCCGUGCACAUCUUGGUGCUGAUCCUGCUCCUGUCGCUGCUGCUGGCGUUGGCCGUGGCCUUGGCUGUGCAGUCAGCACCACAGGUUCCAGUUCCACCUGCGACUCCGCUCUUGUCUCUGGGCUGUCCCCAUGGCUGGGUUGGAUACAAUGGAUUCUGCUACUACUUCUCAAGGGAUUACAGAACGUGGGAUCAGGGUCAGGAGCGGUGCUCCGAGCUCGGGGCCUCCUUGGCCGUUCUGAAGGAUGAGGAAAUGGAUUUGUUCUUCCUCCUCCGCGGGAACGUCGAUUACUGGGUCGGGCUGCGCAGAUGGGGCGAGCACCUGCAGUGGGGGGACGGCAGCAGCUUCAGCUCCUCGGUUCCUGUCCUUGGCAAUUCCGAGUGUGUGUGCCUGGCUGACCAUAAAUUCAGGAGUGUGCCCUGCUCGAAUCCGCAGCCGUAUCUGUGCAGCAAGGCCCGAGCUCCCCUGUAACAGGGGCUGGAGAAAGGAGCUUCUCCACGCUGGGCAGUCCCAGCUUCACCUGUGAGCCCAGCACAGGGCUGUCCUUUCUCAGCUGCACCCUGUGCCUUGCACUUGCUCUCAGGGUCACCUCAGUGCCUGUUCAUCCCCACUGCCA